AAUUUUUAUGUCCAUCUUCCAGGUCGGUGUGGAAUCAAGAGCUGAACAUCCCUACUUUGUGAUGGGACACGGAUGGGCCUCCUGCAAUCCCGACCGUACCCAACAGUGUUAUGGUUUGAAAGUUCACCGGUUGCGAGUCGGGGACGUCUUGAUAUCGCUUACGCCAAGGGAAACGCCAACAACGUCUUGUCCCUCCACCAGGUCCGGGACCAGAGCAGGCACCACCAUCAUCACGACUGCCACAACCACCUCUAUGACAGCUAGACAGCAGUCAGUCAACAGUGUUGUUAAAACGCACCUCUCCGAACCAAAGGUUUGCAUAAAUCAAACACAACCAAUGAACCUCCAUCAACCGUCCUCACGCCCCCCUCAGUCGCUAUCGCCGGAAAGCUUGGCCGCAAGAAAGCGAAGGUGGUCCGCUCCAGAUCAGAUCUGCGAAGAGGAAGUGAUCAACAGGAAAAGGCAACGGGUCGAAUGAUAUUUGUUGUUUAGUGAACACAAAGUAAUCGUGAACAAUUAUGUGAGACUCAUUAACUAAUUGAAAAUUGAAUAUGUAGAUAUGUUGCUGUAAAAAGGUAUAGUUAUCUACCACUGUUGCUUUUUUAAAAUUGAUAUUAUCGCCUUGUUAUAAAGUAGCUAAGUUUUGGGACGAUUUUUCAAACUGAGAGGUGCAAAUUUUAUUGCUUCAAUAGUUGUAAUAUAACUAUUGAGUAGCAGUUCAUGUAGUACCUACUGUUAGGUACAUUUAUCGUCCCAGAAACUAACCAAAUUGUUACUAUGCUGUACUCGACGUUAGUGCAAUGAGAGAUGAUAGAUUAGGUUUAUUUUUCAUGACAAUACGACUUUAGGGCAAGAUGCAUUAGGAAGAUGCGUUUACUGUGCUUACUGUAAAAUUGAGAACAGGAGUAUUAUGAAGAGUGAUAUGUAAUUAUAUGAACAUGAACAAUAAAAUUAGUGAUGGUUUUGUUGAACAGUGUGUUUCAAAAUGAUGUGUAAUUCAUCAAAAAGCUUUGUAGAGGAAAGAGAGUAAUUGAUAGGUUAGAUUCACAAAACAAUCAUAUUUGUCUAUCUCUAGAGUAGGGAGGGUGAGUGUUGACCCACAGUACUUAGGCCACAUGUGACCCAUUCUACAUCCUCCCGAGGAGUUGU